UUCUUCAUCCUGCCUUGCACACACAAGCCCCUAACAAUUUGGAACCAUGAAGUGGUUAACAUUCAUCUCGUGCCUUUUCUUGCUCUGUUUUACAGAAUCGAAGUACCUGAGCAGAGCUUCCAGGGAAGCAGAACUUCCUGACACCAUCAAAACUGCCUUUGAAUUAACAGGGGAGCAUUUUGAUGAAAUUUCUGUGGUGCUGGUUUCUCAGUUUUUACAGCAGAGCACAUAUGACGAGGUGCAUAAAGUGGUGGAGGAUAUGGACGCACUUGCAAAGAAAUGCACUGCUGAUGAGCAUUCAGAUCCAGAAUGCGCAAAGUCUGUGAGUACUGUUCUACUUGAUGAGAUUUGUCAUGAAGAAGCUAUUGCUGCCAAACACGGCUUUGGUGCUUGCUGUGCUCAAACUGACCCGGAACGACAUGAAUGUUUUCUCACCCACAAAAAUGCAUCAAAAGGAUUUGUUCCACCCUACCAAAAACCAGAGCCAGAGGAGGCCUGCAAACAAUUUCAUGAUAACAAAAAGGAGGUCUUAAACCAUUACCUCUAUGAGAUUUCCAGAAGGUCUCCAUACAUAAAGAUUGUCACAAUUCUGCAUGCAGAGGACGAGUAUGAAAAAGUACUAACAGCCUGUUGCGAGGCAGAGGACAAGGCCGCCUGCUUCAUGGAAAAGGCACCACUUGCCAAAAAGAAAUUCAUGAAAGCUGUAGCUGUGGAGAAACACCACUGUUCUAUCCUGAAGAAGUUUAAAAUGGACAUUCUGCGAGGAUACAAAAUUGCUCAUAUGUGCCAAAAGUUCCCAAAGGCUGACUUUCAAACAAUUAUGGAUCUUUCUGAAAAAGUUGGGCACAUCUAUGAAGAAUGCUGCAGAGGUGACACCCUGGAUUGUAUGCUUGAUAGAAAAAAGCUGGCAGACCACAUUUGUAGCCACCAAGAUACCAUUUCUUCCAAACUGAAGCACUGCUGUGAAGGGCCCAUAUUGGAACGAGGAGAAUGCAUUGCCCAUGCAGAAAAUGAUGACAAGCCUGCUGAUCUGUCUCCAACAGUCAGAGAGUUUAUCGAUGACCAAGCCGUAUGCCAACACUAUGCUGAAAAUAAAGGUGUUCACCUGGCAAAGUUUUUGUGUGAGUAUUCUAGGAGACAUGAUGAAUUAGCUCCAGUGAUGUUGUUAAGACUUGCCAAAGGGUAUGAGGAGAUGCUGGAGAAAUGCUGCGCAACUGAGCAUCCGGUAACAUGCCUUCAAGAAGGGGAAACACUACUAAAAAAAUAUAUUGCCGACUCUCUGGCGACAGUAAAAGCAAACUGUGACCAGUAUAAGCAGAUUGGAUCCCACCUCUUCGGGAAUGAGCUUAUUGUCCGUUAUGGCAGAAAGGCACCCCAACUAUCCACAGACCAACUCCGGACGUUCUCGAAGAAAAUGGUUGGCGUUGCUGAGGAAUGCUGCCAUCUGGACGAUGCUCACAGACUGGCAUGUGCUGAAAACCAUGUGGAUCUAGGCCUAGGAUAUCUUUGUCAUCUGCAUGAGGAACAUCCCAUCAACAAGCAAGUGUGCAAAUGCUGUAGUGAUAGCUUUACUAAACGUCGGGAAUGCUUCGCUGGAUUGGGAGUAGAUCCAGACUAUGUUCCUAUACCAUUUAAUACUGAAAUAGUCCACUUCCAUGCCGAUUAUUGCACAGCAAAACCAGAAGAGCAACAGGAAAAGAAACAAACUGUGCUUGCCCACAUGAUGCAACAUAAACCUGACAUCACAGAUGAGCAACUGGCAACUACUAUUGUGGACUUCACCGGUGUGGUGACAAACUGUUGCAGCGUAGAAACUAAAGAAGAAUGCUUUAACACAGAGAUUCCAAAAAUGAUUGAACGGAUUAAAACUGCCCUUGGAGAGCACUAAGCAUUUCAGCUGAGCAAUGGGAGAAUGUUGGAGUCAAAGGCCCAAUACGCCAAUACACCCUUGCUUGCUUGCUUUCUGAUUAAAUGGAAACCAGGAAUUGAUUUUUCUGUGACUUUCUCCUGUUAUGACAGUGUAAAUGCAGAAAAUGAAUAAAAUCUUUCAACAA